CCCUCCUUGGCUUCUCUCCUCUCCUCCCAACAAAUUCAAAAUGUCAAUGUCAUUUUCCGGCGGGACUCACAACGAUCGUUGGGGCUCCGAUUUAGCUUCCGCCGGAGAAUUCACCCAAAGCUUUCCAUCCUUACCAGCAACAUACUCACCCUCACCCUCCUCCUCCUCCUCCUCCGGCGAAGAGCUCCUAGAAGUAACAAUCGAAUUCCCAAGCGGCGUAAUAAUAAACAUCGACUCCGUUACCGGAACCGGCACCGAUAUUUCAGGUACCGAUCUAGAGAUCACCUCUUGCUCGGAUUCCGGUUCAGGAUCAAGGUCGCUUAGCUUAGGAUGGAGCGCGUCGUCGGAGAGACUGACGGCGGGGACGAACUCAAAGCAGCAGAUCCAGAAGAUCUCACGGCGUGGUUACGGUUAUUCGUCUCGGUCUGCACCGGAACCGGUGGUUCCACACAGAGGCGAAAUUACCGAUUCGGUUAAUCUCCCUCGAGCUUUAUCUCAGCGACCAACUAGACCUAAUCGGGAUGGAUCGGGUACAGAGAGAGCGAUUCAUGGUUUGAAAUUCAUAAGCAGCAAAGAAAAUGGAAUCGUUGAUUGGAACGAUGUUCAAAACAAUUUCGCUCAUCUUUCUAAAGAUGGUUAUCUUUUCAAAAGUGAUUUUGCUCAUUGCAUAGGUUUGGAGAAUGAAAAUUCCAAAGAGUUUGCAGACGAGUUGUUCGACGCAUUGUGUAGGAGAAGAAGAAUAAUGGUUGAUAAGAUCAAUCUUCAAGAAUUAUACGAGUUUUGGUACCAAAUUACAGACGAAAGCUUCGAUUCUCGUCUUCAAAUCUUCUUCAACAUGGUUAAAAAUGGAGAUGGUAGAAUCACAGAGAAUGAAGUAAAAGAGAUUAUUAUACUAAGUGCAUCGGCAAAUAAUCUAUCGAGGUUGCGAGAACGAGCAGAGGAAUAUGCCGCACUGAUCAUGGAAGAACUUGCACCAGAUGGACUCUAUUCUCAGUACAUAGAGUUAAAGGACCUAGAGAUACUGCUACUAGAGAAGGACAUAUCUCAUAGUUACAGCCUACCGUUCAGCCAGACGAGCCGAGCCUUAAGCCAGAACCUAAAGGAUAGAAGAUGGAGAAUGAGCAGAAACUUGCUUUACUCUUUGCAAGAUAAUUGGAAGAGGAUUUGGGUUUUGACAUUGUGGUUUGUGAUCAUGGCCUGGUUAUUUAUGUGGAAAUGCUAUCAGUACAAACACAAAGACGCAUUCCAUGUAAUGGGUUACUGCCUUGUCAUGGCAAAAGGCGCAGCUGAGACACUGAAAUUCAACAUGGCUCUUAUUCUUUUGCCGGUCUGUAGAAAUACCAUCACCUAUCUCAGAUCCACCGCUUUGUCCCACUCAGUGCCUUUCGAUGACUGCAUUAAUUUUCACAAGACGAUCUCUGUAGCAAUCAUUAGUGCAAUGCUUCUUCAUGCAACCAGCCACCUCGCCUGUGACUUCCCAAGGAUUCUAGCAUCUACUGAUACAGAUUACAAAAGAUACUUGGUUAAGUACUUUGGUGUGACCAGACCCACAUACUUUGGUUUGGUGAAUACUCCUGUGGGAAUCACUGGAAUUAUAAUGGUUGCUUUUAUGUUAAUUGCAUUCACAUUAGCCAGUAGAAGAUGCAGGCGGAACUUAACUAAGUUGCCGAAGCCAUUUGACAAACUAACCGGAUAUAAUGCCUUCUGGUAUUCACAUCACUUACUUCUAACUGUUUACGUCCUUUUAGUCAUCCACGGUGUUUCCCUCUAUCUCGAGCAUAAAUGGUACCGCAAAACGGUAUGGAUGUAUCUUGCUGUACCAGUUUUACUCUAUGUUGGUGAGAGGAUCUUUAGAUUUUUCCGUUCCAGGCUUUACACAGUCGAAAUCUGUAAGGUUGUAAUUUAUCCCGGAAACGUUGUUGUGCUACGCAUGUCUAAGCCUACAUCAUUUGAUUACAAGAGUGGACAAUAUGUAUUUGUUCAGUGUCCAUCAGUAUCAAAAUUUGAGUGGCAUCCAUUUUCUAUUACUUCUUCCCCUGGAGAUGAUUAUCUCAGCAUUCACAUUCGUCAGCGCGGUGAUUGGACAGAAGGGAUUAAGAAGGCAUUCUCAGUGGUAUGUCAUGCCCCUGAAGCUGGAAAAAGCGGACUUCUCAGAGCAGAUGUACCAAACCAAAGAAGUUUUCCAGAGCUGUUGAUAGAUGGACCUUAUGGCGCUCCAGCGCAAGACCAUUGGAAGUAUGAUGUGGUAUUACUGGUUGGCCUUGGAAUCGGCGCAACACCUUUCGUUAGCAUUUUGAGAGAUCUACUCAAUAACAUUAUUAAGCAACAGGAACAAGCUGAAUGCAUCUCAGGUAGUUGUAGUAACAGCAACAUCUCGUCGGAUCACAGUUUCAGUUGCUUAAACUCAGAAGCUGCGAGUCGGAUUCCGCAAACUCAACGGAAGACGCUGAAUACCAAGAAUGCUUACUUUUACUGGGUAACACGAGAACAAGGCUCGUUCGAUUGGUUCAAAGAAAUCAUGAACGAGAUUGCUGAUUCAGAUAGAAAGGGUGUUAUUGAGAUGCACAACUACUUGACUAGCGUCUACGAAGAAGGAGAUACUCGAUCCAAUCUUCUCACUAUGAUCCAAACGUUAAACCAUGCCAAAAAUGGCGUCGACAUUUUUUCAGGAACCAAGGUAAGGACACAUUUUGGGAGGCCAAAAUGGAAGAAAGUUUUAUCAAAGAUUAGCACCAAACAUAGGAACGCAAGAAUUGGAGUGUUCUAUUGUGGAGUUCCAAGUUUGGGGAAGGAACUUUCAACACUCUGCCAUGAAUUUAACCAGACGGGAAUUACCAGGUUCGAUUUCCACAAAGAACAGUUCUAACUGGUAAAAGGAUUAAUCCCCCACGAUUAUGGUUUUUUGAAUGAAUGAAUCAAUGUUCAUGUUCGUUCUCGUAUCCUACUUGUUGUGUUUUCUUUUCGUUUUGUGUAUCACAAAUACCAACUUUUAACCAUUUCAUCUAGAGUAGGACUGUUAAAAAAUGUAAAAAGUCACAGUUAAAGCUUGUGAAGAAAAAAAGAGUGUAAAGGAGUAAAAAUGAGAAAUUCAAACAAAGGGGGAUGAUGGGAUCAUUGGGAUGAUUGGUUCUGUCUGUUCAAUUGUUUUCAAAUUUGAGCACUUAUUAUUGGGCCUGUCUUUGAG